UAUGUGAAUUUAAUUAAUUAGCAGAUACUGAAGCUGACAUGCAGAUCUUCGUUAAGACCCUUACGGGCAAAACAAUCACCCUAGAGGUGGAGCCCUCAGACACCAUUGAAAAUGUCAAAGCUAAAAUCCAGGACAAGGAAGGAAUUCCCCCAGACCAGCAGAGAUUGAUUUUUGCUGGGAAGCAGUUGGAAGAUGGACGUACUCUCUCUGACUAUAACAUUCAGAAAGAGUCCACUCUUCACCUGGUACUCAGACUUAGAGGAGGGAUCAUUGAGCCCAGUUUGAGAAUAUUGGCUUCUAAGUACAACUGUGACAAGAUGAUUUGCAGAAAAUGCUAUGCGCGUCUUCACGCCAGGGCCACUAACUGUCGUAAGAGGAAGUGUGGACACACAAACAACAUCAGACCCAAGAAGAAGCUGAAGUAAAUUAUAACCCAGUGUCUGUGAAUAAAGAGAUGUCACAGUGUAAA